AUGGGUGCACUCAGUGAACUUUCAGGGGAUCAGUCCUCGGCCAAUCCUCGGACAAUCACGCAGCGCUUCAAUUAUAUUGCUGAGCAACAUCCUGCCAGCGUUGCUAUCGUCUGCACCCAUCAACCUCCCGACCUGUACGGGUUCUGCAGCUGUGCUGGGGACGAGACUGAAACCCCGUAUCUGCGAUGGACCUACGCUACUCUUCACCAGGCGGUGCGCAGAUUGGCAAACAGCCUCAGAAAUCAAGGUCUGGCACCCGGCACGCCCAUCUUGGUUUUCUGUGAGAACCAAAUUGAACAGGUGGUGGCUGCACUGGCGGCUUUCGCGGCAGAUUUGAUCCAUGUCCCUGUGAGCCCUGCGAGCUUACUGCGCGCUGAAGAUGUGCAACACAUGGUCAACACAGUCAUGGAGUUUCAGGAACCAAGAAUGGUCAUCAUAGCCAAGGAUGAGAACACAGCAAGAAAGAUUGACGAGAAGCUGAACAUACCACCGAAUACUCUAAAGAUCUGCUGUCAAGCCCACCCUGUCAACGAGUGGAUAUGCUUGCAGUCAUUUUUCGAUGACCCAAGUGACCCCCUUCGCCCCCUUCAAACAGAGCAGGCAGUCUUCUUCACCAGCGGCUCCACCGCCCUUCCCAAGGGCUGCUUAAUCAGAGCAGCCCGAUGGUUCGACGUCCUGAUACCUUCUCUGAGUCUAGGAUCAACAGGUCCCGGAAACAGUGUUGCAAUACCGGUCCUGAUGAACCAUGCCUUUGGAUUCAUCUGCACUAUUCUACCGCUACUCCGCGGCGCAAGCGUGGUCUUCGCGGGCUACAAAUUCAAGCCCCAGAAGACGGCAGAAGCUUUGCGACGAGAAAAGAGUACACACGCAGCGAUGGUGCCAACGAUGGUUCGCAGCUUAGCCGAGAUCCUGAACCAGCCAACCCAUCUGCAGCAGGUCACGUUCGCUGGAAUGGCCAUGACACCUCAGGUACUGAGACAAUGCCAGGAGAGUCUUGGUAAAUGCAAAGUUGAAAAUUUCUACGGCAUGACAGAGGGGGUGUUUGUCUCUACCGGAGCCGUGGCGGACCCAAAUGUUAUUGUCAAGGGAUACGACGUGGCAAUCGGUAGGCCGGUGCAUGGGUGCCAUAUUCGUGUAUGUGCCGAAGGAGAGCAAACACCUUUGAGUCGAGGGACCGCGGGUCAUUUGCACUUUUCGGGACCCUCGAUGAUCAACAAAUACCUUGGCAGUCAUACCGACGAUUUCUACGAAGUCGACGGCCAGGUCUGGUUCAAGACAGGAGAUCAGGUUAUCCUGGACGACGACGAUCGGCUCUACUAUGUAGGACGUUAUAAGGACAUGAUUGUUCGCGGUGGAGAAAACAUCUCUUUGUCCAAGAUAGAGGCUAUUCUCUCUCAGUUGCCCGAGUCGCAUGCUCUGCAGCCUCAGGUGGUGGCCGCACCGGAUCCGAUUGCUGGAGAAGCGCCGUUGGCAGUCGUCACGACUGACAUCGAAGAUCAGGAGCUAGUGAAGCAAAUGAAGGAGACGGUUAGGUCUUCUUUGGGUUUGAAAUACGUUCCCCACAGCUUCGUCUCUUUGCCAACGUUGGGUCUGGAUGAUUACCCUCGAACAGCGGUAGGAAAAGUCCAGAAGAUGAAGCUCACAGAGAUUGUUCGCAAUUCUUACCAACAGUCUCAAGCCGAGGAUAUCAAGCAGUCAUCAGAUUCUCUUCAACAACAGAUCCAAGCUGUAUGGGGCCGUGUCCUGGGCAUGCAGACCGACAGCAUCGACAUCCACGCCCCUUUAUCUCUGUUUGCCGACAGCAUCACCCUACUCACCGCACGCGAUCGAAUCCAAAAAGCGACUGGAAGGAGUGUGCCGCUGCCACGGUGGCUUGAUGCAACUACCAUUGCAGAGCAGAUCACCCUACUCCAGAAUGGCAGUGACUUCAAGGAAACCCUAGCAGCAUCAAGACCGGAAGAACAGCAGCACGGCCCGCUCAAAGUUGGCGAUAUGGUUCAUCUGGGAGGGGACGACGACGCAUUCACCAAGACCAGAACAGCAAUAGAGAAGAUCCUCGAACCGCAUGAUCUCACCUGGGAUGAUGUGCGGCAUGUUACGCCCUGUACGGACUUUGUUCAGGCCAUUUCCAGGUCGCAAGUCGUCAAUACAUGGAAUAUCCGCACAUCGAUUCUUUCCAAGGGUGCCAGCGUUCAG